AAAACUUGGCUGACUUCUGCAAUCCGUGAGAUCCACGUGUGAAGACGGACGAACCCCUCCAAGGCCCCCAUCGGACAAAUAAUCCAAGAUCUCAGUAUUCAAACUAGUCUGAACUUCGUUUUACUCACUCAAUUUUGGCAUGAAUGAGUGAACGCAUAUAAAUCUUUUACUGGCGGUUGAAAAGCAGGAAGAAGGGGAUCAUUUUUUAUCGGGUCUUCUUUCCCAUCGACGGUGCAAGCUGAACUGAAAGGUGCUGUGUCUCUCGGCCCCAGAAUCUGAGGAAUUUCCACUCAGCUAAAUAUGAGGUUUUUCUCAGAUUUCCAGAGGAUUCUCAGUGGUUAUCCUGCUCCAGCCAAGCUUUUGGCAGUUUUCUCUGUCAGCUGUGGGGGCGUCAUUGCAUAUGCAGAUUCUCAGUCAGGGGAAAUAACAAGUUUGCAACAGAAUCAAAAGGCAAUGGCUAAGAAAAGAGUGUUGGUUCUAGGAACAGGAUGGGCUGGUACGAGCUUCCUAAAAGAUUUGGAUAUCUCAUCUUAUGAUGUUCAGGUGGUCUCCCCCAGGAAUUACUUUGCAUUUACCCCAUUGUUGCCAAGUGUCACAUGUGGAACAGUUGAGGCAAGAAGCAUUGUGGAGCCUGUUAGGAACAUUAUAAAAAAGAGGAAAGGCGAAAUUAAGUUUUGGGAAGCAGAAUGCCUUAAGAUAGAUACUGCCAACAAGAAGGUUUAUUGCCAGUCCAGUGUUGAUGCGAAUUUAGCUGGGAAUAACGACUUCUCAUUAGAGUAUGAUUAUUUAGUUGUUGCCAUUGGUGCGCAAGUAAACACAUUUAAUACCCCUGGUGUCUACGAGCAUUGCCAUUUUCUGAAGGAAGUGGAAGAUGCCCAAAGGAUUCGGCGGACAGUAAUAGACUGCUUUGAGAAAGCUGUCCUUCCAGAGCUAAACAAGGAAGAUCAAAUGACUAACCUCCAUUUUGUUAUAGUAGGGGGGGGUCCAACUGGUGUUGAAUUUGCUGCAGAACUUCAUGAUUUUAUUCAUGAAGAUUUGCUUUCUAUAUAUCCCUCAGUCAAAGAUCUAGUGCGCAUAUCAAUCAUACAAUCUGGUGACCAUAUCUUGAACAUGUUUGAUGAAAGGAUAAGCUCAUUUGCUGAACUUAAAUUUCGGAGAGACGGUAUUGAAGUUUUGACAGGACACCGUGUCUUGAGUGUUUCAGAGAGAAUAAUUAACAUGAAACAAGUCUCCACAGGAGAGAACAUCUCUAUACCUCAUGGAAUGGUAGUCUGGUCAACUGGGGUUGGCACUAGGCCAGUGGUGAAGGAUUUCAUGGAACAAAUUGGCCAGGGCAACAGGAGGGUUCUGGCAACUGAUGAGUGGUUACGGGUAAAAGGGUGUGAGGAUGUAUAUGCUCUUGGUGAUUGUGCAACUGUAGAUCAAAGAAAGAUAAUGGAAGAUAUCUCAGUCAUAUUUAAAGCUGCAGAUAAAGACAGUUCUGGUACUCUAACUAUAGAAGAAUUCAAAGAUGUUAUUGAAGAUAUCAUGAUACGAUAUCCCCAGGUGGAGUUAUAUCUGAAGAACAAGCAUCUGUUUGAUGUGACCGACCUAAUGAAAGAUAUGAAUGGAAGUGAUAAAACAGAGAUAGAUGUUGAAAGUUUUAAGUUAGCGCUGUCUCAAGUGGACAAACAGACAAAAAACCUUCCAGCAACUGCACAAGUUGCUUCCCAACAAGGUGCAUACCUUGCUAAAUGCUUCAACACGUGGGAGAAAUGUAAAUCCAAUCCUGAGGGUCCUCGCAAGUUCAGAAGUGGCGGUCGGCACGAAUUUCGCCCUUUCCAGUAUGAGCCUCAAGUCUUAGAAAACCCCUAUGGAAUAUUAUCUUUCUUUCUGACUCACAUGAAAAGUUCUUCAAACAACAGGUAUCGUCAUCUCGGGCAAUUUGCACCCCUUGGUGGAGAGCAAGCAGCCGCAGAGCUGCCUGGAGACUGGGUUUCCAUUGGACACAGUACACAGUGGCUUUGGUAUUCUGUAUACGCAAGCAAGCAAGUUAGCUGGCGCACUAGAUUUCUUGUGAUUGGUGACUGGUUCAGAAGAUUUACCUUUGGGAGAGAUUCUAGUCGUAUCUGAAAUAAGGGCGUGCUGCUUGGAUCAUGAAGAGAUACUACUAGCAAGAUUAAGAAUAGAGUGGUUUCCAAUAGCAAGCGUCGAUUGAGGUAUAUCAUAUGUGCAUGUUGAAUCUGUGUUCUGGAGCAACCCAUUGUUGUUUUCAAUGUGCUUGCCGCAUGCGUACAGGAACUUUUCCUGGGCAUAUUAACUUUGUUAUUACUAUUACCUACGACUAUAAUAUAGUGUGUUCCGAUAUUGGUUCUCACGGUGCUUAUCCUUCCGAUUAUGUGACGUGUGGCUAGGGUGGGUUCUUGGUGGUCAGAUUGCAUAAUAGUAUGUGCAGUGAUUUUUGACCUAAAAAAGCCAAAGCCUCCCAUUUUUUAUGUAGAAAAAUAUACAAUAGCUGUUUUUUUAUUUCAUGGCUUGCCUGCACCAA